AUGUCUUUCAUUUCUUCCACCUCAAGCUCCUCUUCUGAUGAUUUCUCCAAAAAACAUGAAUUUGAUUGCUUAGUUGAUGAGUAUGUAGCAAAUCACCUACCUCAUAGAUUAUUUCCUCCAGACCAACCACAAGAACCUCCACUAAAUAAUGAAACUGAACUAUCAACGGAGCCCAAAAGGGAUAGGGAAAGAGAAAAAGGGCAUGUGCAACUAUACAACGAUUAUUUCGCGAAUAAUCCAGUGUAUAACGACAACCAAUUCCGACGUAGAUUCCGUAUGCAACGGUCAUUGUUCUGCCGCAUUAUGAGCAAAGUGGUUGAGGGGGAUCAAUUCUUCCAGCAACGUCGAAAUGCAGCUGGGAAGCUUGGUUUAUCACCGUUGCAGAAAUGCACCGCUGCAAUAAGAAUGUUAGCGUAUGGCGUAGCCGCAGACGCUGUGGAUGAAUAUUUACGUCUCGGCCAAACAACCUCUAGGCAGGCAUUGCAACAUUUCUGUCAAGGGGUUAUUUCACAAUUUGAAAGUGAAUAUCUACGAAAACCUACAAAUGAAGAUUUAAGGAGAAUCCUUCAUCAAAAUGAUCUGCGUGGUUUUCCAGGGAUGAUUGGUAGUAUAGACUGCAUGCAUUGGGAGUGGAAGAAUUGUCCUACUACUUGGAAGGCACAAUAUGCUGGUCGUAGCAAGAGUGCAACUCUCAUUCUUGAAGCUGUUGCUGAUCAGGAUCUAUGGAUUUGGCAUGCGUUCUUUGGAAUGCCUGGGUCAUGUAAUGAUUUGAAUGUCCUUUACCGUUCACCGGUAUUUGAUGAUGUUUUACAAGGUCAUGCACCACCCAUAAAUUUACGAAAAGACAAGUUGUUUGCUGAUCAACAAGCAGCAGUUCGAAAAGACGUCGAACGGGCUUUCGGAGUUUUACAAGCUAGGUUCGCUAUACUACGACAACCAGCACUUGCAUACGACGAAGAUAUUCUCUGUGAUAUUAUGAAAGCCUGUAUAAUAAUGCACAACAUGAUCGUUGAGGAUGAACGACACAACUACGCACGUGCAGAUGUUUUGAGACGAUACUACGAAGAAGAUCGACCACAACGUACGGUGAGGCGGGCAGACCCGAGCACAAGUGCCACGGUGUUUAACAACGAGCCAUUUGAAUUCAACGUCGGGCGACCACCCAACAUUGAUUUCAACACGUAUUUGGAGAGAAGGAUUUCCCUUCGUGAUAGAGAAAUUCAUUCAUCUCUGAAACAAGAUUUAGUGGAGCACAUAUGGCAGAACUUUCGUCAUAAUGCGGUUGAAUAA